AGUAGCUCUGUUAAAACAGCUGAUGGUGGAGGCGUUCUUUGAUUCGCAAGUUGCAAACAAUUGGAAAAUAGUUGAAAAUAGUUGAUUGUAAGACUUUUCAAGCGCCCAGUGCCUCGAGAGACAUUCCACCGCCAUGCUGUCCAUCGGCGCCCUGGCCAAUAUCAAGCACACGCUGCAGAAGGAGCUGUUUCUGGCCGCCGGCGAACGCGUUCUCUCGGUGGUGACGGUGGUCAAGAAGAAGGAUAAGAAGCCCUGCUAUCUGUGCGUGGUCACCACGGCGCCGCCAGUGCCCGUGAUUACAUUAGUUCUGGUCAAGCAGUCGGAGCAGCGCGAGAGCGAGUACAAGCGCAAGCGAAGCUGGCAGCUGGACGAGAUCAAGUCGGUGGACGGUCGGAACGAGCAAUUUGAGACGCACGAGUUCGACCUGCAGCUUGAGAAACUAUACAAGUGGUACGCCCUUAAUCUGCACGAACGACAGAACUUCCUAGCCGUGCUGAAUCGUCAGAUCCAAAAGAGUGUGCGUGGCCAGCGGGCGGAGUUCCGGAACGUGCCCGCUGCCUGGUUGUCGGAGAAGUCGCCGGAAAAGGUGGCUCUUGGCAGAGCGGCACAGAAAACACAGCACAUUGAUGACGACGAGGAGGAUGAGGAAGAGGAAGCACAGGAAUUCACCGCGCUCACCGACAAAGAGGCCAAUGAGCUGGGAAAACUCUUCUCAGAGUGCGACUUUGCCAUCAAGGAUGCGGAGCAGUUCAUCGAGCAGCUGUCCCGGGAGCUCCACGAUCUAGAUGGGGCCAAUAUACAAAGUGUGCUGGCAUCGGAGCAGAAGGUCCUAAAGAUGAUGGAGCACAUUGACAAUGCCAUCUCCGAGGCGGAUAAGUUUGAGACGCGACUGGACAGCUACGAGGAUAUUCUGGGGCACGUUAAAGAGACAAUGGAGAAGAUUGGCGGCAAAAAUGCAAUGAUCGAGAUUGCCAACAAUAACAAUAUUAAGCUGAUGAAGGAACUCAACAAAGUCAUAAGCCAACUGGACUUGCCGCACAGCCAGCAGCAGGCGCUGGAUGAGCCUGAUCUAAAGACCGCCAACGGACGCAAGGCGGCCAUAGCAGCUGCCCAAUGCCUGCAGCAGGCCAUGAACAGCGAUAUAGAUCCCGCCCUGCUUCGCUUGGAGGCAGUGCAGGAUCAGCGCAAGCGCUUCGAAAAGUGGAAACAGAAGUUUUCGGCCACCGUCAGCCGGUUUAUGAAUAACCUGUUUAUCCACCUGGGCAACGAGAUUGGGGAUAUGCCGGUAACCAGCACAGAGCUUACGUUGCCCAACCAUUCCAACGUUCAUCGGGAACUGACGCCCUACACAGAGCUGAUGCACUGGACAAAGGCUAUGGACCGGAAGACCUACGAUGGCCUAAUGCGGGUUUACACGGCCUCGCUGAGUAAAAUCUAUGACAGGGAUGUGAGGAAUUUCUUCAAUUUGGCAAAGAUGCAGGUCUCUGAGAAGCUGCGGAGUUCUCGCGAGGAUUUGGACAUGUCCACUUCAUCUCGAAAGUCUGCUAUCUCCACAAUACCUUACGGCACCUUGGGCAUCAACCGAGAUCAGUGGGGACCGGGUGUGGAGAGUGCAGAUCGCAUUCGAUUCGAUGCUCUGCUGGAAAAGGUUCUAGCUGAGCUGGAGCCUAUUGCCCUGCAGGAGCAGCUGUUCUGCAUCAACUUCUUCCAAAUGGAUGUGAUCAGCCCCACGACGAAGAACACUCAGACCACGCUGGAGAUGGAGAAGGCGGUGGAUAUGUCUCAGUCCGCUGUCCUGGGGGCAGCUAUCUCGCCCUCGGGAGAAGGUGUGCCCCAGAAGCGGAUCGAUAGGCAGAUCAACGAGGAUGUACGCAAACUGAUGAUGGGUCUCUUUGGCUGUCUGGAGCCCGAGUUGGUUAGCUUCAUUCAAAGCUUUGAGCGGGUCGAUAGCUUCUACUCCUUGUACGUUCUUGUUCGUCUCACCCAGCACGUAAUGUCCGCCCAGGACACACAUUCCUUUCUCAGCAUGACCUUCGCUUCUGCCCUGGUGCAGGUGAAGCGCAAUUUUGACCGCUUUAUGCAGCAGCAACUGCAGUCCAUCCGCGAGGCCAAGCUGCACAAGCGCUCCAAGGCCAUACUGCCGUACGUGGAGAACUUUGAGAACUUUGCCCAAACGGCGGAGGGCAUAUUCCGCAAGUCCGAUCGCCGAACCGACAUGGAGAAGUGGUAUUUGCAGCUGGUGAACGCCAUCUUUGAGGGCAUUCACCUGCACUCGCAGGAACAUCCCAAGACACCUUCUCAGGUGGUGCGCAUGGAGAAUUACCAUCAUAUGUAUGCCCUGCUGGCCCAGCUGAAGGUGCCUGGACUGGAUGCCCUGAAGAAGGAGGCCAAGUCAAGAUACAACGAAGCGCUAAAAGCAUAUGUGACUCAGUACUUUGGACGUCCGCUGGAGAAACUGAAUCUAUUUUUCGAAGGCGUUCAGCAAAAGGUGGCGCAGGGCGUCAAGGAAACGGAGAUCAGCUACCAAAUGGCCUUUUCCAAGCAGGAGCUGCGCAAAGUGAUCGCCCAGUAUCCAGCGCGCGAGGUGAAGAAAGGCCUGGAAAACCUCUACAAGAAAGUGGAGAAACACCUCAGCGAGGAGGAGAAUCUCCUCCAGGUGGUGUGGCAUGCCAUGCAGGAGGAGUUCAUUGCCCAGUACAACUACCUGGAGGAGCGUAUCCAGAAGUGUUACGCCGGCGCCAUGAUCAACCUGGAGUUCAACAUCCAAGACAUACUAGCCUUCUUCUCGGACAUUGCGCGCUCUCACUGAUCAAGGGAUUGGAUUCUGAAGAUCUGGAAGCGCACAUACCGAGUUUUAUUUUUAAGUGCAAUAGUAUUUAAAGCGCUGUUAUUAUU